AUCCUGGGGGCCGGAAGGAGGUGGAAACUCCUGCAUCCUACGGGAGUGCCAGCAGACGCGCGUGGUAAGAGAGCGCGUGGCUGUUAUAGAGGCUUGUUGCUGGAGCGCGUGGCUCGUGUGCGGAAGUCAGAGGUGACCGAAAGCCUGACGUCGCUGUAGAAGCUGAGACCGCGAGCUAUGGUGGGGAGAUCUCGGCGGCGCGGAGCGGCCAAGUGGGCAGCUGUGCGAGCUAAGGCAGGUCGCGACCCAGCGGACGAAAAUGAUGACAGUUUGGAAUCUCCACCCUCACCAGGGGACUCCAGCUACUACCAAGAUAAGGUAGAUGAUUUCCAUGAGGCCCGAUCUCGGGCCGCCUUGGCUAAGGGAUGGAGCGAAGUGGAGAGUGGGGACGAGGAGGAGGAUGGCGAUGAGGAGGAGGUGCUUGCCCUAGAUAUCGCCGAUGAGGACGAUGAAGAGAGUGCGGGGAAUGAGGAGGAUGACGAUGAUGAUGGUGGGAGCUCCAUGCAGAGUGAGGCUGAGGCCUCGGUGGAUCCCAGUUUGUCGUGGGGUCAGAGGAAAAAACUUUACUACGACACGGACUAUGGUUCCAAGUCCCGAGGCCGGCAGAGUCAACAAGAAGUAGAGGAAGAGGAAAGAGAGGAGGAGGAGGAGGCACAGCUCAUUCAGCGGCGUUUAGCCCAAGCUCUGCAAGAGGACGAUUUUGGAGUUACCUGGGUGGAGGCCUUUGCAAAUCCAGUACCUCAGGUAAAUGAGGUUGAGACACGGGUCGUGAAGGAUUUGGCGAAAGUUACAGUGAAAGAGAAGCUGAAGAUGCUGCGAAAGGAAUCACCAGAGCUCUUGGAGCUGAUAGAUGACCUGAAAGUUAAGUUGACAGAGGUGAAGGAUGAGCUGGAGCCAUUGCUACAGUUGGUGGAGCAAAAGAUCAUUCCACCUGGAAAAGGAAGCCAAUACCUGAGGACCAAAUACAACCUCUAUUUGAACUACUGCUCCAACAUCAGUUUUUAUCUGAUCCUGAAAGCUAGGAGAGUCCCUGCACAUGGACAUCCUGUCAUAGAAAGGCUUGUUACCUACCGAAAUUUGAUCAACAAGCUGUCAGUUGUGGAUCAGAAGCUGUCCUCUGAGAUUCGUCAUCUGCUCACACUUAAAGAUGGUGCUGGAAAGGAAGAACUGAAUCUAAAAGCAAAAUCCACAAAGGCCAAGCCAAAAUCUGUUUCUGCUAUUGCUGCCUCCGCUGUUACAGACCUUUCUGAUGAUUCUGAUUUUGAUGAAGCUGCACUGAAAUACUAUAAAGAAAUAGAAGACAGACAAAAAUUGAAGAGAAAGAAAGAAGAUAGUACUGAAGAACAGGCUCCUGAAGUUCAAAAUACAAAGAGAGCCAUUACUUAUCAGAUUGCUAAAAAUAGGGGACUUACACCUAGGAGAAAGAAGAUUGAUCGGAAUCCCAGAGUGAAACACCGGGAGAAGUUCAGAAGAGCCAAAAUUCGCAGAAGAGGCCAGGUUCGUGAAGUUCGUAGAGAAGAGCAACGUUAUAGUGGUGAACUAUCUGGCAUUCGUGCAGGAGUUAAAAAGAGCAUUAAGCUUAAAUAAAGUUUUUGCUUAGCUUAAGUUUUUUGGUGAUAAUUUUGGAUCAAUAAAUUUUUAUUUUUAA